AUGAUCAAGGGUGAUUAUGAAUUGUGUGAUAUGUGUAUUCAAUUGUUGGAUCAAACCAUCAACCAAUUGUUGAACAUUAUCUUGAACGUUGGUGUUAUUGGAUCAUGUGGUGAAUUGUGUGGAUAUUUGAAGGGAGUUGGUUCUCUCGUUGUUGCUGCCUGUAGCUUGGUCUGUGAUUACUUGGGUGUUAACGAAUUCAUCAAUUUGAUUGAUAAGGCUGAUUUGGAUGCUAUCUAUGGAUGCCAAUUGGUCUCCUUGUGUCCAGUCAGAAACUGCAAGCUCCCAACUUGUGCUCAAUUCUUCAACUCUAGAGUUGUUCCACAAUCUGCUCCAAAGGGUACCACUUUCACUGCUGUUACUCAAUUGAGAGUCUACAAUCAAACUGGUACUGGUGAACUUUACUUUGAAGUUGAUGGACCAACUACUGCUGACAUUUCUGGAGGUGAAUUGGUUGCUAACGGUUUCCAACCAGGUACUUUUGAAAUUCAAGUUAAAGUCCAAACUCAAGAUGAUGAACAAAACCAAAUUGUCUUUGAACCAGGUAAAUAUACUUUCUUCUCUGCUGCUUGUGAAGGUGAAUGUGGAUCCAAGCAUCCAAAUAGUAGAGUUCUUGCUACCACCACUGCCAACUUUACUCUCACUGAUCAAUAA